CACGACGCGUUUUUACUGUAAGCAAACAAUAAUACAUUUUAUCGAUGUAGGAUGUUACAGCAGAAGUUAUGAUAACGACGUUGGGCAAAAUACCGAGCGAAAUGUUUUAUUUAGAAGAUACUGUUAGCAGCGCGACCAUUAAAACGACGAAAAAGUUGGCGGGUGCUAUAGAAGCAACGGAAUCUUAUCAAACGACUACCGCUAACUAUGAAAAUUCGAGCCAUUCGCCGGUCUUGAUCGCUUUAGUAACUGCUCUGUUCGUGAUAUUAUUAUUAUGCUGUAUCACCGCGUGUUUCGUAGCUAAAUCGAAGAGGAAGAAUAAUUUCUUCGGGAAGGGGGAUAUGGAAUGCGAACCUGGAUGUACCGGCAUGAGUCAGCCUUUACUGAACAAAAUGUCAAGCACUACGAAUAAAACGAGCAUCGGUUCUUUGAGAAAUUAAAAUCAAACCUGUGAUAAUCUACGAUCAUUGUUUAUCAGCUAAAAAGACGUCGAAUUGUAUUGAUACGAACGUCCAUCAUUCAUAACAUAUGAACAUAUGAACAUACACGCAUGCUAGCAAUGCGAUACAUUCAAGCCAGUUACACGCAUGUACUGCGCGCUAAAAAUUGGGACAGUCUUUAAAUUUCUAUUAUCACGAUUAUAUCAAAUUUAAGAUCUACGACAAGUAUGGGAAACGAUUUCCUUGUAGACCCGGUCGAAAUGAAUCGUGUAAACCUACGUGUACGUUGUACGUAAUCACGAGCAGUCAGAAAUGCGACUUAACCUCAA